CAAAAAUGGUGAAGACAUCACCGUUUAAGUUAAAAGCGGUGAAAACGUCACCGUCUUAGGGCAAAGCGAGGAACAUCUUCACCGCCUCAGGCUAAGGCGAUGAUUAUUUCCCACGUUUCCCAACCAUGGUAGGUGAAAAAUUAGGUCACAACUACCUGAUGUUCACCGUUUGAGACAAACGCAGUGAUGUUGUUCACCGUUUGAGACAAAGGCGGUGAAUGCUGGCCGAUUUUCCUUUAAAUACCACUCCCACCAGCAGUUGUAAAAACAUAAUCCCCCCCCCCCUCUUCAAAUUUCAGCAGCCAAAACCGAGCAACAUGCACAGAACAGGAAUUUUCGGUGUUAUUUAAUUUUCGUAUUAAUUCCUAAUGGUUGUUUUUAGUAGUUAUAUUGUUAUGUUAUGAAUUACUGGAAUUAUGCUAAUAGUUACUUAUUGUAAAUUGUAGAUAUGGGUAAAUUCAAGAAGUUUCAGCUUAUUAUUCGGUGGAAUGGAAGGGUUACAAACUCUGACAUAGGGAUUGAUUAUGAGGACGGUGUAUCCACUAUGCUGAAAAUUGAGUCGCGAUUCAAUUUUCAAGAACUCUGUGAUAUUUGUGCAGACAGGCUUUGUACGAGCGGACAGACGAGACUUGGUAAAAUUAGUUACGGGUAUCCAUGUAUGAGUACUGGCAGGCUUGUGUACCAAGAAGUUAUCAUAAACGUUGAUGACGCGGUUACGAUGAUGUUACAGUUCCUAAGCGAUAACGGGAUGCGGCAAGCAGAGGUGUAUGUUGAGACCGAGGCGGUCGGUGAAACUCAUUCUCACCAGUAUUCUUAUGAUGAUGGUUUUGCAGGAGGGUACGGAUUGGGUGGUAGUUCGAGCAACUACGAAGGAGGUGGUUAUACAGGAGGUUACGGAGAGGGUGGUAGUUCAAUCAACUAUGGUGGAGGUAGUAGUGCAGGAUGGGUGCCAUCGGAAGAAUACUCGCAACAGGAUCAACCUGUCGAUGGCGUUCAAUGGCCUGCUUGGGGCCUGAGUGGGCUGAAAUCGAGAAUACCAUUCGAGCAGGGCGUACUUCACAUGAGUGAUAAGACGAUGUUGGUGAUGGUGGUCAUGUUGAUCCUUCUGGGCCGAGCUAUCCAUUCGACUCGAGUGACGAUGAUACUGAGGAAGAUUUGAGAUCGUGAGGCACCGACGCCAUACUACACACAAGUUCCAACUCAAUUUUUACAUAGUCAGAAUGAUGCCCCCGGCUUUCUGAUGUGGAAGAUCGGACUUAGCCGCAACCACAGAGCAUACUUAGAACGAGACUAGAGCGGAUAAAUUGAGAGAGAAAGAAUUGUAAUUGUUGUGGUGUGAUUUGUAAGUGGGGGGAAGGGUUCUAUUUAUAGUGGGGGCAAAGAGGGGAAGGGUUCUGCCAAAAUUUUAAUUGGGGAAGCAUCACCGUGUUCGACGAAGAUGGUGAAUACACCGCCUUUAUCGAAGACGGUGAAAUGGGCGACGUGGCUUGCUGUGAGGCGUCGGAUCUGGGAAGAAAACCACGAUCCGCGCCUCACCGCAUCUGACGGCCACGGUGAAAGGAAAAGCAACGCGGAUCGCUGACGCAAACAAACACGGGGUAUUCACCGUGUUUGUCUAACGCGGUGAAUACACCGCGUUUGUCCACGUUAGCGAUCCGCAUCGCUUCAUCGUGGCCUACAAAAACGGUUUAAUAUACACCGCGUUUCAGU